AAUAGUUGAAACACAAAGCAAAAGCCGUAUAUGUUUCAAUUUGCUUAACCAAACAAAACCCACGAGCUUCAUUCAGUUCUGAUCGGAAAAAGGAAAACCUUUUUCUUUUUCGGUUCAUCUUCAAGAGUUUCAGGAGACAUGGCAAAGAGUUACUUCAAGCAAGAGCAUGAUCUUGAGAAGAGACGCGCGGAGGCCGCUAGGAUUAGGGAGAAAUACCCAGAUAGGAUUCCGGUUAUUGUGGAGAGGGCAGAGAGAAGUGACAUCCCAAGCAUUGAUAAGAAAAAGUACCUUGUUCCAGCUGAUCUGACAGUGGGACAAUUUGUCUAUGUGAUCCGCAAAAGGAUUAAACUGAGUGCAGAAAAGGCAAUAUUUAUAUUUGUAGACAAUGUCCUUCCACCAACAGGCGCAAUCAUGUCUGCUAUAUAUGAGGAGAAGAAGGAUGAAGAUGGGUUUCUCUAUGUUACUUACAGCGGCGAAAACACAUUUGGGCUUCAGAUUCCACUGUAGUUGUUGAUUUCAUAAAAUGUUCUUUCUUUAAAGUUUCACCAUAUCUAAUUUCCUUGGUGCAUCUUAUUUUCCUCGCUCAGGAUGAUUUCAUUAUUGUGCCUAUAUAAGGGUAUAUAUAUGUACAGGAUAAAACUAAGAACCAGUUUGAAUUUUAAAAUCUUCUGCUUCUCACUUUCAAUAAUCAUGCUCUUUGAUCCCUGUUUACCUUA